CACAAAACCCAUUUCAGCAUUACGGAUGCACACCAGAAACUUGAACAUGGAGAAAUGUGAAUACAGCCACUGUGUGGUAGACUUCAUUGACAAUGACAUGGACAGUGAACAACUGUAUUUCGAGGCAGACGCCUUGAUCUUUCAAGGUGGUCGCCUGCCAAAGAAACCUCCACAACGAGCCAACAAGAACCAAACAUUUAUCUACGCCACUAUAGAGUCACCCCUACAUCUGCAACUGUCACCAGGUGGGUCAAGUUGGAAGAACGCAAUUAACUGGACUAUGACAUACAGGGUGGACUCAGACAUACCAUACAAAUAUGGAGAUUUGGUACCAAAAAAUAAUACCACCACUAAAGAUUUCAGUGCAAUUUUCAGACAGAAAAGCAAGCAAGUGGCUUGGCUAGUGAGCGAUUGUGUGACAGAAAGUAAAAGAGAAAAGUAUGUGAAAAUUCUGCAAAAGUACAUAAAAGUGGAUAUUUAUGGAAGGUGUGGACAUUUCAAAAAUUGCACAAAAGAUGAAGGCCAACAAUGUCUUGAGCAGAUAGCAAAAGAUUAUAAAUUCUAUCUUUCAUUUGAGAACUCCAUGUGCAAUGACUACAUGACAGAGAAAGUGUUUGUGUGGUUCGGCAUGGAUAUAAUCCCUGUAGUUCGAGGGGCUAGGACCUAUGACAGACUGCUGCCUCCCAAUACAUACAUUGACGCUCAUAAGUUUAAAACCAUCUCAAGUCUGGCCAAAUUCUUAAAGGAACUGAGUGAAAAUGAACAGGAAUAUGUUAAUUAUCUCAAGGAAAAAUCUAAGUAUGAUAUUCUUAAUGAAAGGGCAACAGUUCAAAGUGCAUAUUGCGAGUUGUGUAAACGACUCCAUAAUUUGAAUGAUUACACAAGGACGUAUCAAUAUGUACAAUCAUGGUGGUAUAAAAAUACUUGCGUAAGAACAACGAACGAUCUAAUUGAGGAAUAAAACACCAUAAAGCUUUUUAAUUGUUUCAGAAGUGCAAUAUAUACCUGUUUAACUUGCAUUGAUAAUCUGUACUGUGAAAUCAUUAAUGUGCGUUGGGCAUUAAUGUUCGUGGUUUUCGUGGGUUGGGUGAUCCAUGAAUUCUAGAUCCCACGAAAUAUAAACCCUUUAUUCACUUUUUCAAUUGCCAUGUUAUGUACAUAGUGAUUGAAUUUGUAGACAUCAGCAAUCUUUAGGGAUUGUUUACUCAAAUAUACGGACCUUCUCGGUGUUUUCACAGUUUGCAAAAUUCUUAAUUGGUAUUCAAUGGCUUCGCCUAACUGUAUUUAUGAUCAGGGUACAUCUUCUUUUAUGACCUUAAUUUCCAAUUAAAUCGAUAAUUGACAUGGGUAUAUGCACUAAUUGGCAUCUUGUACCACUUUAGCUAGUGUCAUAAACCGAGUGACGCAGAAGACAGAAAUCUGAGUCAGCGCGUGGAGAU